AUGAAGCACAUCUCCAUUCUCAUUUUACUAGUGUAUUUAACCUCCUCAGCGAGUUCUUUAAGAUGUUACGAAUGCUUCAUCGCUUCCAAGCCUUUCGAGCCGCAUCUGCACCAGAACAUUCAUAGAAACCUCUGCGUGGACUUCGAUUCCUCGCAGAACUUCCUCAAAGAGUGCCCCAACUCUACUUUUUGCACGAAAACCAUCUACACCGCCGACUUCCACGGCCCCAAGACUGGAGUGGAAAGAGGCUGCGCCCACCAGGUCCAAAGAUACAUGAGUCGAGGGCGUUCGUCCGUCGGUCUCGACAAAAGGAAAAAGAGCAUCGGUCGCAUUGAAGUCGCCGGCGAGCGCAUUCGGCGCGACUACCAGUCGGAAGAUACGCGCGUCCGCCCGCGAGAAGACCAAGACAGGGCCGAGAAGUCGCCGAGGAUGAAGAGAAGAGAGCGCGGAGAGCGCAGACCGGGAGCUAUGAGACAGCGGCCGGCGUUUUGUAUGCGACCCCUUUCUUCGGCCGGCUCUUCGGCCUGUCAACUCGCCGCCUGGUCCUGCUCUCGUUACAUCGAGAAAUCGAGGGGGAGUGCUCGGUGCUCGAUGCGGAGCAGCGGCGGCUCGAAUUUUAAAAAUCUCUUCACGCAUUUGCUUACAAUACUCCAUCGAAUUGAGCUGGUGCAGUCUUCGCGAUCAAACUCGCAGCGUGGCGUCUUCGAAAAGAACAGCGGGAGGAACGACCCGCUGGUACCGAUCGGGCCCUUCGAGAUAUGCAAAUUUCCUCUAAUGGCGCUCAUCAGUUAA